GAAUGCAGUCGAUGGAGAAGGACAAGAUAUGAGGAUGAUCUACAAUUCCCACGAGUUGUUUGGAGACAUGCAUGUAUGUCAUCAAUGGUUAGGAAGCGCACAGAGAACCGCUGAGGAAGGGCAUUGACUUGAUUAAACCGGCGUGGUAUUAGCUCUAUGGGAAUUAUAAUCAAUAAUAAUGUCCAACAUUAAAGCGCCUAUUGUUGAUACGGAGAGGUGUAGGCGGAGGUCUACGGCUGAAAGUUCAGAUACCCAAUGGGACCAUGACCCCAGGGUCUACCGCCGUACAUCCCAGUGUGACAGACUGUGUGUGGACAUUGGCAGCCAUGUGGCCGAGACCCCCUCCCCAGAUGUCUCCCACCAAUACACCCCCAAAUGCUUGUCUGCACACAAAGGAGGCAGUACUCCUUGUCACUAUGGGGAAGAGGUUUGGCAGGAUGGCUCGAGCUUGAGGACCACCAUCCGAGCGGAGAAUGAAGUAGAGGCAAACAAACUGGCCAACAACUACAGGUUUGGCUUCAGAAAGUGGAAGAGUCACGUGACUGAGAGGCCCAUCGAGGACAGGUCGGACAUUGUGAGGGAGCUCUACUCGGAGCUAAACUUUGUCAGACCCCAAGGUUCAUUGAUCACUUGUGGAAACAUGGCAUACUUGAUUUUAUUUGGAUGGUGGAUCUCUUUAGCCUACCUCUUGGUCUCUGUCCUAAUGUUUCUGACCAUCAUUGGAGUUCCUUAUGGGAAGCUGUGUUGGAAGUUAUCAUGCUACUUUCUGUGGCCAUUUGGGAAGUCCAUACUAAAGCCCAGAAGCCUGGUCAGGCGAUGCUGUGUGAAGUUCCCUCACUGCGAGGCCAUCCCAGAGGAAUCUGACUCAAAGGAGGUGAAGGAGUCUACACCCCUGCUCAUGCCCCCUUCUGUCCCCAUCGAGGUCCCCCCACAACGGACGCGUUACUGGUGUCGUGUCAGUACCUAUGUGUGGUUGUUGCUAGGCUACCCUCUCCUGGGGCUGAUCCACGGCCUGGCCUGCUUCCUCUCCUGGAUCCUGGUCUUCACCAUCCCCGUGGCCAAGAUGAACGCCCGCACCCUGGCCAUCAUCCUCCUCAUGCCCCCCGAGGACGUCCACAUCCACCGGCUGAAAAAGCCGCAAGGGUGUGAGAGCCAAGUGCUUCUCUGUUGCUACCACGCCUUCAACUGGUACUACUACAAAUACACCUUGGACGGAAUCAAUGUGUUCGCUGUCAACCUGCUGCCCCUGGUCAUCACAACCCUGGUGGUCGGCUACGUGGACACAGAGAACCAGUUUGUCAGCUCGGAGGCCAAGUUCGCUGCUGCCGUCAGCUCCAUCAUCCCACUGUCCUAUUACAUUGGCAUGGGCAUCGCCAGUAUCUCAGCCCAGAGUAACUUUGCGGUGGGAGCAGUGGUGAACGCCACGUUUGGCUCCAUCACAGAGAUGACCUUCUACAUCACUGCCCUGCUGAGGGGUCACAAGGCCGGCACCAAGUGCUAUGAGGAGAUCGUCAAGGCCGCUCUCACUGGAACCCUGCUGGGCUGUAUUCUCUUUAUCCCAGGUAUCAGCAUGAUCAUCGGGGGCUUUAAACACAGGGAGCAGAGGUUCAACAGCCGCUCUGCAGGGGUCAGCUCAGCCCUGCUCUUCAUAUCAGUAGGAGGUGUAUUUGCCCCAACCCUGUUCUCCAAGGCCUACGGUAGCCUGGUGUGUGCGGGCUGCUCCAGCUCUCCAGCCAACACCAGCGGGCCCUUUACCUGUAUGGACUGCCACUAUGACAUGAGUGGAAGUUACGAACCCUUAUAUCUCAGACACAUUGAGCCUCUGGUAUACACCAUCUCCGUGUUGCUGCCCUCCGCCUACCUGAUCGGCCUCAUCUUCACACUGAAGACCCACUCCCACAUCUAUGACAUCCAAGUCAGUGACGGGCACGACCACCACCAGGGUCAGUGCCCACCGGAGGGCGCCAGCGGUGGUCACGGCACGGUCGUCCACUGGUCCAGGUUGAGGGCUCUGUCUGUGCUGAUCAUGGCCACGCUGUUAAUGGCUGCCUGUGCCGACCUCACCACGGAGCACAUCAAACCCAUCCUCGACCACUCCGCCAUCUCCCAGUAUUUCAUCGGUGUGACCGUGUUGGCGAUGGUGCCAGAAAUUCCUGAGAUCUUCAACGGAAUCCAGUUUGCCCUGCAGAAUAACAUCAGUCUCAGCUUGGAGGUGGGAAACUGCAUAGCAGUGCAAGUCUGCAUGAUUCAGAUUCCCUUACUCAUCUUGUUCAACACUUUUUAUGAUGUGGGAUUUGUGCUCCUGUUCAGUGACUUGCAUCUUUGGGCCAGCAUCUUUAGUGUGAUUGUGGUCAACUACAUUUUCAUGGAUGGCAAGUCUGACUACUUUCAGGGGACUGCUUUGGUGGUGGUUUACCUCAUUCUACUGGCGUUGUACUUUUUCGCCCCAUCGCCCCGCGCCUGUUGAACUGCUCCGCAAAGAACAAACUUCAACUCCUAGAGUCCUUUCAGUCACUAUUUACAGGAGCUGCCUUGUCGAGUUAUAUUCUGUCUUUCAGUCGUAUUCAUAAGGGCUUGCAGCGGGAAGUCCAGGUAGUCCCUCCCUGUUGCAAUCUGUUUUCUUCCAUUUGUGCCUAAUGAACAUGUCCCAGUUCUGGGCAUCAAUGGCCCUUUAUUUGCAUUAUGAUUUCAAAAUUAACAUUCCUUCUAUUUAAGCACUGCACAUUCUGGGGUUUAUGUAAACUAUAUGUAGAAGAUGUGUGUUUUCAGUAGGAUUUUGGUAGAUUAAAAUGCAUAUGUUAAAGCAGGGUAUGUUUAAUAUUGAAUUUAUAAAGUGGUCACAAUAGUGCUUCACAUUCAUUUGGGUUUGGGUAUUAAGCUGAAGCUUAAGAAAUCUACACAUGGUGUAAUGCUAGGAUUUGUAUGGAGAAAAGUACAAAUUUACUGCCACUUUCU